UGUUCUUUUCAACUGCUUCGCAGACUAGAAUUUGUGUAAAAAGCGUUCGUUUGAGUGAUAUUAGUGAAUUUCGCAGUAAGAAUUUUUACGAAAUUAGUGUAUAUUUGGAUAAAAAGGUAUUUUUAAGUGUUACGAAUUGCAAAAUUCAUAUUUCAUCGUAUAUAAGUUUAUCUUUGGUGUGGUACACAAUCAACAAACGUAUACUUAUAUAUAAAUUGUGUGUUAGCUGUAUGCUACCAGAAUUAAAUUCAUUCUGCUGUUCUGUUCCAAAGUAAGGAGGUAAAUCAGUUUUCUUUAAAGGCAAUAAACAUUUAUGUGCAUCCAUUGAAAGGUGCACUAUUAAAAACUUUAGUUAAGAGUGCAAAAAUUAACUCGCUCAUAGUGUUGAGGACGCCUGCUGCUCAAUGUCUUCUAGUUCACCAACAGCUGACCAAAACUCUUCCGAAGAGGCACCAGCAGCUAAAAAGCGAAAGCUGCUUGCGUCUACCGGCGCUACUUCAAGCCUCAGUAAAAACAAUAAAAACAACUCGGACAACGGUGAGGAUAACGAAAAUCACGAAUGUUGUGUGAAAGAAACUGACGUUGACGUACCAUUGGUAAAAGCCGGUGAAUCGGCACAAAAGGCGAAUGUAAUCGUGCCAUCUCAUUCGGUUUCGUUAAGUAGUGGUAAUAUCGUUGGCUCUGUCGGUUCUACUAGCACGGGUGAGAAAAGUAGUAGUGGGAGCGACAGUACCUUGUCGUCAGUGAAGAAAGAAAGCGGUCAAAGUGAUCAAAGCGGAGUUUCUGUUUCGUGUGAAAGUGUAGUGGCAGAUGAAAAAACUGAAUCGAAGAAUUUAGUGGAAGUGGAAGAAAAAAAUUCUCAAGUGAACAAUUUUGCAACGACUUCAACGUUAAUUUGCGAUAGAAACAACAAAGUUAAUAACUCAAACGGUAAUAAAACGAAUUCACAGGUAGUGAACGCAGCAAACAACCAAAUGGCUGGUGGUAAUCCUACGAACGACUCACGUUCGCGCGGUGCUUCUGACAUCGAUGAAUCGCUAUACUCGCGCCAACUCUAUGUGCUGGGUCAUGAUGCAAUGCGUCGAAUGGCCAAUUCAGACAUUUUGCUGUCGGGUAUUGGCGGUUUAGGUCUUGAGAUAGCAAAGAAUGUAAUUUUAGGAGGAGUGAAAUCGAUCACUCUUCACGAUAAGGAAAAUUGUACAAUUCGUGAUUUGGCAUCGCAAUUUUAUCUAAGUGAAUCGGAUGUAGGUCGCAAUCGUGCAGAAGCUUCUUGUAACCAAUUGGCUGAGUUGAACAAUUAUGUUCGGACAACCGCAUAUACUGGCGAGUUAACCGAAGAUUUUUUGCAGCAGUUUCGUGUUAUUGUACUGACAGAUUCCGAUGACAAUGAACAACAUCGCAUUGCAAAAUUUGCUCACGAAAAUGGCAUAGCACUGAUCAUAGCUGAAACGCAUGGACUCUUCGCGAAAAUUUUCUGUGACUUUGGAGAGAAUUUCACAAUAUACGAUCAGGAUGGCUCUCAGCCCAUUUCCACCAUGAUAGCAAGUAUUACUCAUGAUUCUCAGGGAGUGAUAACUUGUUUGGAUGAAACUCGUCAUGGGUUGAAUGAUGGUGAUUAUGUGACCUUCAGCGAAGUUCAAGGGAUGAUUGAGUUAAAUGGCUGCGAUCCGAUUAAAAUCAGUGUAUUGGGUCCAUAUACAUUUAGCAUUGGUGACACCAGUAAAUUUAGUGAAUACGUCUCUGGCGGAAUUGCUACACAAGUAAAGAUGCCCAAAGUUGUGAAUUUCAAAUCCCUUGAAGAAUCUGAGAAAGAACCUGAGUUCUUAGUGUCUGACUUUGCUAAAUUUGAUCAUCCAACUUCUUUACAUAUUGCUUUUUCUGCCUUACACAAAUAUAUUGAGCAAGUUGGAAAGCCGCCACGCCCAUGGAAUGAGGAAGAUGCGCAAAAUUUUUUACAAAUGUGCAAAUCUGUCAACGCGGACAUUAACGAUAACGUAGUUUCUUUAUUUGCUAAGACAUGUUCUGGUAACACUAGCCCUAUAGACGCAGCAAUUGGCGGAUUUGUUGCACAAGAAGUUCUUAAGGCAUGCACAGGGAAAUUCACACCCAUAUAUCAAUGGUUGUAUUAUGAUGCUAUUGAGUGUCUGCCCCCUAACGGUGUUGAGGAAGCAGACGCUCAGCCGAUAGGUUCGCGUUACGACGCACAAAUCGCAAUUUUUGGAAAAACUUUCCAGGAAAAAUUGGGUGACGCAAGAUAUUUCAUCGUUGGAGCUGGAGCUAUUGGUUGCGAGUUGCUUAAAAAUUUCGCAAUGAUCGGAGUUGGUGCUCGGGAUGGAGAAAUAGUUAUAACCGAUAUGGAUUUAAUCGAAAAAUCGAAUUUGAAUCGUCAAUUCCUAUUUCGACCGCAUGAUGUACAGAAGGCAAAGGCGAAAACUGCCGCAAAUGCCAUUAAGAAAAUGAAUCCGGAAAUUAAAGUCACUGCGUAUGAGUUGCGUGUUGGAUCCGAAACAGAAAAAGUAUUUUCCGAAGAAUUUUUCGGAAAAUUAAAUGGUGUAGCUAAUGCAUUAGACAAUGUGGACGCUCGUAUUUAUAUGGACCGCAAGUGUGUAUUCAAUCGUUUGCCAUUGGUGGAGUCCGGUACUCUUGGCACAAUGGGCAACGUGCAAGUUAUUGUACCGUUUUUAACUGAGUCGUAUAGUUCAUCGCAAGAUCCUCCUGAGAAGAGUAUCCCGAUUUGUACACUAAAGAACUUUCCGAAUGCAAUUGAACACACGUUGCAAUGGGCGCGCGAUAUGUUUGAAGGCUUGUUUACGCAGUCUCCUGAAAAUGCUGCACAAUACUUGUCAGAUCCAAAUUUCAUUGAACGCAUCAUUAAACUGCAAGGUAUUCGGCCGCUAGAAAUCUUAGAAUCAGUUAAGAAAGCAUUAGUUGAUGAAAGGUCUACGAACUUCUUGGAUUGCAUCAAAUGGGCUAGAAAUCAUUGGGAAGAGCACUAUGCAAAUCAAAUCAAACAAUUGCUGUAUAAUUUCCCACCAGAUCAAAUAACGUCUAGUGGGCAACCAUUUUGGUCCGGCCCGAAACGUUGUCCUCAACCCUUACUUUUCGAUAUUAACGACGAUCUGCAUUUAGAUUACAUAUAUGCAGCGGCUAAUUUACGCGCAGAGAUGUACGGGAUCGAGCAAGUGCGUGAUAGGCAGCAAGUAGCAAACCUUGUUAAGGAAGUAAAGGUUGCAGAGUUCAAACCACGUUCUGGUGUAAAAAUUGAAACUAACGAGAGUGCUGCUGCUGCAGCAGCUAACAAUUUCGACAGCUCAGAUGUUGACCAAGAUCGCGUAAACAAAAUUUUAACUGAAUUAAAGGCUCUGCGGGAAAGCAAAACGUUGCUGGUGGUUAAACCAUUGGAAUUCGAAAAAGACGAUGAUAAUAAUUUCCAUAUGGACUUUAUAGUGGCAGCAUCUAAUCUGCGUGCUGCUAAUUAUAAGAUUCCUCCAGCUGAUCGACACAAGUCUAAAUUAAUCGCUGGAAAAAUCAUUCCAGCAAUUGCCACAACUACAUCACUCGUCUCUGGCUUGGCUGUUCUCGAAGUUAUGAAACUGAUUAUAGGACAUAGGGAAAUGGACAAAUUUAAAAAUGCUUUUGCAAACUUGGCAUUACCUUUCAUAGCAUUCUCAGAGCCAAUGCCUGCCGCAAAGAAUUCGUAUUAUGGCAAGGAGUGGACGCUGUGGGAUCGUUUUGAAGUUGCUGGAGAGCUAACGCUGCAAGAAUUUCUCGAUUAUUUUGAAAAGAAAGAGAAAUUGCAAAUAACGAUGUUAUCCCAGGGCGUUUCGAUGCUUUAUUCGUUCUUCAUGCCGAAAGCUAAAUGUGCAGAACGUUUGCCUCUACCCAUGACUGAAGUGGUUCGACGAGUCUCGCGAAAACGUAUUGAAUCACAUGAACGCUCCUUGGUAUUUGAGAUUUGUUGCAAUGACGAGGAUGGUGAGGAUGUUGAAGUGCCGUAUGUGCGUUAUACUAUACCCUAAAACAACCUGCUCUUUGAAUUCAAUACAACUAUUGUUUAAUAUUUUUUGAUAUAAAUUAAUACGAAUAAAUAUUACUUUCUGUCCUUUAUAAUCUAGAAUACCAUUAUUUUCCAUGUGGAAAAUAUAAAACAAUAUAACAAGUCAUAAUUGGAGCAAAAUUAAUAUUUCUUGCAGUUCGAAUGCGUUUAUCAUCAGCACACGUAAAGAGCUUUUUGUUUCAAAUAUAAAUAUACAUACUUAACAAUGGAA